CUCAUCACUGCAGCAGCUGUUGUGUUGUGUUGUGUUCUCUUGUGUUGUGUCGUUCAAGGUGUUCCAGAUGCUUCUGUUGGUGCUGCUGACCGCCUGCGUGUGCUCGGCGGCGAGGAUCCCUCAGCUCAAUCAACGCCCGAUCAUCGGUGUGCUGGCACAACAGGUCCUGCCAUUUGACCAUAAUGCAACAGGCUCCUCCUACAUUGCCGCCUCCUAUAUCAAAUACCUGGAAAGCGCCGGGGCCCGCGUCGUUCCCAUCAGAGUCAAUCAUACAGAAGAAGAAUUUGCUAAGAUCUUCUCUUCCAUUAAUGGGUUGCUGUUGCCGGGAGGAGACGUGGACAUCCAGAACUCGCCGCACACUCGGGCCGCCAAGAUCUUGUACAAACUCGCUCUGAAGGCUAACGAUGAUCAUGACUACUUCCCCAUCUGGGGGACUUGUCAAGGUUUCCAGCAGCUGACAGUCUUGACAGCAAACAAACACCUCCUGACGCUCACCGACACCAAGGGGGUGGUGCUACCACUCACUUUCACGCCAGAUGCCUCGUCCAGUCGUCUGUUCAGGGACUUUCCCAAGGACCUAAUGAAUUCACUGGCUCAGGAGAACAUCACCAGCAACUUCCACAAGUGGAGUCUGUCUCUUCAGAACUUCAGCCAGAACGCCAAGCUGAAGAAGUUUUACAAAGUGCUUUCUACAAACACGGAUGGGAAGAAGGACUUCAUCUCCACCAUGGAAGCCUACAACUACCCCUUCUAUGGCGUGCAGUGGCAUCCAGAGAAAACCCCUUUCGAGUGGGUGGAUAAGCCUGGCAUGGUCCACUCCCCCUCAGCUGUACGAGCUUCCUUCUACACUGCGAGCUUCUUUGUUUCGGAAGCCAUGAAGAGCCAACACAGCUUCUCCAGUCCAGCAGAGGAGGAGCAAGCACUCAUCUACAACUUCCCCCCCAUCUUCAAAGGCGCCAACGCCAUCUUUGUGCAGAUCUAUUACUUAGACUGACACCCGGGAGAAAACUGACAUGAGAAGACCUAACGUGUCACCCAAGCAACAAAAUGAAAAUAACUCUUAGUCAUUAAGUCAGUGCUCACUAGAUUAGUUUAUUUCACUUAUUUGUUUGUCAAAUUGUAAAAUGAUCCUUGUUAAAAAGGAGCGUGUAAUAUCCAUGCCAGGCCACUAAUUGGCGAUGUCACAUCAUGAAGAAAGGCUAAACACUUACAACACCAACUGUCUCACGCCAUGCUGUGUCUCAAAUCAAAUACUUCAGUAAGUACACUUAAAGUAGAACAGCUCUUUUUGGGCGGAAUUUUACAGGAAUACAAAAUUUACAAAAUAAACCACAUGAUGUUAGUACAUCAGUCGGGGAAAAAGAUCAAACUACAUAAAUAACAUACAAUAAUUUGAUUUUGAUAUACUUUUUUCAUCUUGAUAUAUUGAAAAUUAACACCAAUGAGUUGACUGAUGAACAUUAUCACAUAAUUUAUUCAGAAAAUAUAAAUAACGACAAAUAAAGUAUAGAUACUAUUAACCGCAACAGGUCAUUGUAAAAAAAACAACAACAACAUUAUGAUUUGUACGAUUUCAGAAUGUGCUUUCUCUAUUUUUAAACAAAGAAAACAAUCUGAGGUUGUCUUUAUUUGUAAGUUAUCGUGCCAUGACUUUACCGGUCCGGCCCACUUGGGAGUGGCCCCCAAUCUAAAAUGAGUUUGACACCCCUGGACUAAAGUGUGCAAAUUGAGACACAGCAUUAUUCUAGGAGAGGUAAUACGGCAUAUAAAUCAUGUUGUCUGUUGAUCACAGUGUUUUUAUAUUUCGAGACCUUGUUAAAGUUUUAGAGUGUAGAUUGAGGAAAAUGAAAAUAUACCACCCCUGGAAAAUAAAAUAUGAACUCUCCAGUUUUGGAGGAUGAUCAUUCAGUUGUUCAAUUUUGUAGAUAAAAUUAGUAACAUAUUGGCUCUUAAUUAGUCAUUAUUAAUGCCUUAUUCUGCAUGGCCUUAUUAUACAACCAGUAAGCCAUUAACUAAGAGUUAACUAACCCUUACCCUUAUUGCUUAUUAGUAACCCUAACCCUAACCCUUAUAUGUUCUCCUAGUGUCCAAAUAACUCUAAAUUAAGUCUUUGUUACUUUAAUAAGCAACUAAUUAAUGGUGAAUAUGUUCCCCAUACUAAAGUGUUACCAUAUACACUUACAUAUACAUAAACAUGAAGGUCAUGUCGGGUCUCCUUUCUUCAUUUCUGCUUAAUUAAUGUACCAGUUAUUCAAUAAAAGCA